AUGGCGGCAACGUACGUGACUCUAAGAACUUCUGCAAGAACCCUUUUCCAACAUCUUCAAUCACCCCUUCAGCAUUCUCGCUCUGCAUAUCUUUUGAUCAGAACCCUCCAUUCCCUCGUUUCCUCAGACUCUCCCACUCCUAAAUUUCGUAACCCUUAUUCUGGAACCUUUCGAGGCAUGGUCUCCGCCCCAGACCCUAAUCUCCACGAAGCUCCUUCGCUCGCCCUAGAUAAUCGCGUUCCCGCUACCAUCAUAACUGGUUUUCUUGGCUCGGGAAAGACUACUCUUCUUAAUCAUAUUCUCACAUCUCAACAUGGCAAGCGGAUAGCGGUAAUUGAAAAUGAGAGCAAUCGUGAAUUUGGUGAGGUUGAUAUUGAUGGUUCACUAGUUGCUAGUCAUUCUUCAGCGAGUGAAGAGAUUAUCAUGGUUAACAAUGGCUGCCUCUGCUGCACUGUAAGAGGAGAUCUAGUCAAAAUGCUGUUGGAGCUGGUUAGGAAAAAACGAGACAAGUUCGAUCAUAUUGUUAUUGAAACAACUGGUCUUGCAAAACCUGCUCCUGUUAUUGAAACAUUUUGCAGUGAUGAGCUGGUCUCACAGCACGUGAAAUUGGAUGGAGUUGUGACUUUGGUUGACUGCAAGCAUGCCAUGAAACAUUUAAAUGAAGUGAAACCUAGAUUUGUGGUUAAUGAGGCAGUAGAACAAGUUGCAUAUGCUGAUCGUAUCAUUUUGAACAAGGUAGAUUUGGUUACUGAAUCCGAGUUAAAUAUAUUGACUAAGAAAAUUAAGCACAUCAAUGGAAUGGCACAAAUUACGCAAGCUAAAUUUGGAUCUGUUGACAUAGACUUUGUUCUUGGUGUGGGUGGAUAUGAUCUGGAGAGAAUUGAAUCUGAGGUUCGUGGAGAAUGUCCAUCUUCUUCAAGCCAUCCAGAUGAUUCUGGACAUGAACACAAAGCGCAUCAUCAUCAGCAUAACCAUGAUCAUCACCAUCACGACCAUGUGCAUGAUUCUGCUGUCUCCAGUGUCAGUAUAGUUGCAGAGGGAACUCUCGAUCUUGAUGAGGUUGACGAUUGGCUUGAGAGAGUGAUUGAAGAAAAAGGAGAGGACCUGUACAGAAUGAAAGGUGUCUUAUCAGUGGAUGGUUCUGAUCAGAGAUAUGUGUUUCAGGGGGUGCAUUCCAUGUUGGAUGGCUGUCCCGGAAAAACAUGGGAACCUAACGAGAAGAGGAUAAACAAGCUCGUUUUCAUUGGAAGGAAUUUGGAUGAAACUGCCCUUAGAAAAGGCUUUAGAGGUUGUAUAGUAUAG